UGUUAAAAUAAAAUAUCAGAUGCAUUUAGGACCAUAAUGAGAUGCAUUUAGGACCAUAAUGAGGGGAGAAGGAUUUAGUGCGCUUUACAGAGGGAUUGUUCCUGGUCUAUUUCUGCAGGUGUCUCAUGGUGCUAUUAAGUUAACAGCCUACGAAGAGCUACGCAAAGUUACUGUUGAUUUUAAGAGUAAGCGAAGUACACUCCAUAAUCAAAACCCUGAUAACUUACUGAAUUCUGUUGAUUAUGCUGUUCUUGGAGCAACAUCAAAACUUGCGGCAAUACUUCUAACCUAUCCUUUUCAGGUUAUACGUUCACGAUUGCAGCAACGGCCUAGUGGUGAUGGGGUUCCAAGAUAUAUGGACACUUGGCAUGUUGUGAAAGAAACUGCAAGAUAUGAAGGUGUCCGAGGUUUUUACAAAGGAAUUACCCCAAACCUCUUGAAAAAUGCUCCUGCUUCUUCAAUAACAUUUAUUGUUUAUGAAAAUGUCCUAAAAUUGCUUAAAUCGGCGAGGAGGAAUGACUGAGUAUUUCAUUUUCUUCAUGAUUCUUUCCCUUCUCCUUAUUGGUGUUUAAUCUCCCCUCUUAUUUGAUUUGUAGCAUCGAAAAAUUGCUCAAUUUUCGUAUCACUUCUUGAUGAUAAAUUCUGCACAAUACACAAUCUAAUGUGGAUUGUGGAUGCAAUUUCUGGAGAUAAAAGAGCAUGGUUGCUUUUAUAUCCGUGUUCCAUCUCCUUCAUGGUAGUAAGUUCUGUUCUUUCCCUCUUAGAGUGUGUUCAAGGGCUUGAAAUCACCUUUUAUGACCAAAAGAUUGUAGGUCACUUGAACCUUUUGUAGGAGAGAUAUUUGGAGCUUGUUUGAAUACAGUUUAAAAGAUUUUGAGUUUUUCUAUUAAAAAUAAAGAAUGUCUUUCAUUA